AGCUACACCGCAGCAACCGGUCACGCCGCAACAGCCGGCGUUGCAGCCGGACGGGGCCCAGCAACCGACGACCCCGCAACCGGCCACGCCGCAGCAGCAGCAGCCGGGCGGGCCUCUGCAACCGGCGACACCGCCGCAGCCGGCGUCGCAACCGACGACGCCACCGCACUCGACGCCGCAACCGACGACACCGCCGCAGCCGGUGUCGCAACCGGCGGCGCCGCUGCAAUCGACGCCGCAGCAGCCGCCCCCGGAUCACCCACUGUCGCAACCUGCAGAGGGGCAGGAGCAGCAACACCCAGGCACAGAACAGACGGCACAACCACCGCCUCAGCUAGUCAGUGGUCAGCUUUCUGUUCCGGAUGCAGAAUAUGGGUCGGCAUCAACUUUGCGGGUAGGCAGUGUCUCCCCGCCGAGGGGGCGAUCACGGGGUCGUUCGCAACCGCGAGGGCGAGCACGUAGUCGCUCUCCUUCCAGUGCCCGCAAUGUGCUUCCACCUGCUGAAGCUGCAAUUGAAGCUACCGGUCCACGAGUUGCAGACUCAGAGACUUCGAACCCUGCAGCGGACGAGGAGGCUGCACCAGCGGGACACAUCCAGGUGCUGGGCGCGGGCAACGGCCAGCAGCAGGAUAAUGAAGUGCUGCAACAGUCAGGGACAACUACAGCUUCCAACGAGCAGGCCGCAGCGGGCAGCACUCCCGAGGAAGGGGCAGCGCCGCCGCCGGAGCACUCCGUGGCCUCUGCGGGAGGUGGCCUUCCGGAUACGAAUGUGGACAGCCAUUCGCAACUUGGCACUGUUACGAUCGAUGACGCGUCUGCGCAAGCCGGGGGUGCGGAAACUAGGGCAGCGGAGGAGACAGUGCUCGCUGAUCGCUCAGGUGCGUCCCCGACGACACCAGGUAGUCCCAAUAUGGCUGCGGAACAAACGGUGCAUACCACUUUUGAGGCAGAUGCAGAAGGAAACGAAGCACCGUCGGAAGAAGUUGCGCAGCACGGACUGCCCGACCGCAGCGACGAAGGCGCCACCGCGGUGCCGGCAGCCGUUCCGGCUGACGCAGCCGUUCCGGCGGACGAGGCCGCAGUCCCGGCAGAAGGAUUUACGGCGGUCGUUCCAGCGACGAGCGCACCGCAGCUACCAGGGUCUGACGCAGAAUCGGCAUCCGCACAGGGCGCCAGCGUCGAUACCGUGCCGGACCCGUCGGCUGGGCCAACAGCUGCUGCGGCUGAAUCACUGGUGGAGGGUGCCACGGGACCUCAUGCUUCGAACCGGAGUGGAGAUGAAGAGCGCAACGCGCUUGCCAGCGAAGACCGCAAUGCGGGUGGUGCAGAAUCGCAACCGAGUCACGCUGCGCCGGGAGGAGAGUUGGGCGGCUCGUCGCCGCCGCGAUCGCCAGGCCUCCUGCACCACACUGAGACUCGCGAUGACGAGGGUACAGAGAGUAGAGACGCGGCGACGUCGGGAAAUGCUCAAGCCCAUACGGACCUCACCCACGAGGUAGACCUGUCAGCAGCCGGCUAUGCGGGAGUUUCAACGGGUUCCGAGGUUGUACGUGAAGGCGAAGAAGGACAGGAAGUAGCGGAUGAACACGCAGCCACAGGUACGGGUGCCGAGGUCGCAGAAGAAGCUCCGUUGAGGUCGCAGAACCUUAUGCAGCCGGGCGACAAUAUCGAUGGUGCAGCCCGUGCCGUUGUUCCGGUCUCGGAGGAAGGCAGCACCGAAGCUGAGAAUGCCGCAGGCCGAGGACCUUCUGCGGGUCAAGGAUCAGCAGACGUUGUCGAAGGACCGGAGCUGGGGUUGCAACGAGAAGAAGCGACACGCAGCAGUGAUGAAUUUUCGGACGCUGUUGAGGACGAACACAGAGGUUUGCAAGCUUCGAUUAAUGUUGAGUACUGAUGCUGGGCUUCUUUCUCAGAAUGACUUGCUUACUGUCGUGUUGAAAUGUUCAAAUGACGUUGCUGCAAUACAUACGUCGUGUUUAUGUUGAAGCAAAUGAUCUUCAUCUUGUAACACAGGCACGUCAUCCCCAACUGCCGAGGCGUCCCUUAGACCGACUGACUUACCACCACGACUGAGUGUGCCGGAUCACCACGACGCGCGUAGUGAAGCGGUGGAGGCUGUCAGACCACUGAGUUUGUCUGAUGACACGCCUGGUGUAGCCGAACCCAAUUUUGAGACACCUCUCAACACUCCACGCGCUGAUCCCGGAGUAGAAUCGUUGUGGUCCGCUGUCGCGCUCCCUGGAGCUCCGCAACCGCAGGAGGUGGUUGGUGAUGCUCAGCUCGAGCAGGAGGAGGAUCAGCAGCAGCAGCAGCAGGCUACGCCGGAGGGACGCCCGAUGAAGGAGCAGCGGGUCGCACAGUCGGAAGAAUUUCAGCAGGAGCAGGGUGUGCAGGAACAGGAAACGCAGCAGCCGCGGCCGCCGCAUGCGCCGGGGUCGCAGGUACCGGAAGAGGGCGUUGGAACUGAUCCGCAGGACGUGGUGGAGGCGUCGAAGCAGGAGGAGGAGGAUCAGCAGCAGCAGCAGGAGGCGGCGCCGGAGGGACGCCCCAUGCAGGAGCAAUCACAAACCGCGCAGUCGGAACAAGUUCCGCAGAAGCAGGGGGAGCAGGAGCAGGAGCAGAAAACGCAGCAGCCACCGCAUGCGCCGGGGUCACAGGUACCGGAGCAGGCGGAGGCGACCCUGGUGACGCCGGAACUGUCGCCGCAACCAGUCCAGCAGCAGCAGCAGCUCUCCUCGCCACAAUCCAAUAGGGGCCGUAGCCCCUCACGAAGGUCCACGUCUCCUCGAGAGUCUGCGACAGCGGGGGCAGCAAAUGCCGCAGCCCCCGGAGGGUCCUCGGGGUCCGCUGCCCGGGCUCGAUCCAGUAUUGCUCGUGCGCCCUCCGGGGAAGGAUCUGAUAUUGCUCGUGGGGCCUAUUCUUCUGGGACAGUGCGGGCAGCAUCGCGGGGGAGAACUGCUGGAACUGGAAGUCGGAGCUCGCGGGAAGGCGCACCUUCGCGGCCGCAUUCUAGUGCACAGUCGUCCAGUUCGCGUGCGCCCCGUGCGGAAGGUAGCACAGAGCGGCAGACCAUCUUUCCGGAACCGUCAUCAAAUCCCGCUGACUACUCUUCUCUGGCCGAAUACGAGAUGCCAGUGAACACGCUCUUGCCAAAGUUUGACAGGAAUCAGAUGAACAUACUUCUGACGAAGGGAGAUCAACCGGGGAGAGGGCAUAACUGGAACUCGGAAAAUCGCGGCUACGACACGUGGGAUGACAGCGCAGGUAAAUUUGUACUGGCAAAAACUAGGAUUUUUGUGCGCCAGCUGUGUCGGAAUAGAAAAGAAAAAAAAAGAAAAAAGAAAGAGAAAAGCACAAAAAAAAAAAAAGAAAAGAAAAAAAUGCGAAAAAAACAGUGAAAGCCGACCGGUGUACGAAUUGCCUAGCAAACAAAAAAAACUAGGAUUCACAAUUUGCUUGAUGUUCUGCUGAUGUCACUUGUGCGGGCAGCAUGAAGUUGUUAUGGCAGCGGUAUUUCUAUCUGCACUUGGAUAUUAGCAAAAAACGCAUGAUCUUUGCCUGCGUAUCUAUAGAUACACUGAUUUGCCAGGAUUCCAGUCCGUCGGGAUAGUAAAAGCAAGACUCACGCCCAAAAGACAGCGCAAGGCAUGUUUGGCGUUGCACGUACAGAUUGAAUAUUUUGAAAACGCGGCAAAAACAAAUCAACACAGAUGAGUAUGAAGUUCAGCGCCGCAGGAUCGUGUUUGUUACGUGCCAGCUCGACCGGUCAAAGAAAUUUCUGGUGCGAUAUUCAAGAAACGGCAAUCCCUGGGAAUACUACAACAAUUCUCCAUCUAUCAUGUUGAAAACUCUUUCCGCACCACACACAAAAUGAGGUCUCUGUGGUUCAGUAAAGAACCUCGCUGCCGGGGGGAUCAGGCAUGAGUCAGGUAAAAGCCCCUGUUGUACCGCCACCCAUGUCCCAUCCCAUUUCGAGCGAGAGCCCCCAACCCAAGCACACGAACUCGACUUUUUCUCUAACACGCAUUCACAAGAACAACGCCUAGGUUCAUAUUGAGGUAACUGAGCGGCCAUUUUGCUCUAUCUGACCGCUUCUAAAGUCGAUAUACUUCCUUGUGUGCAAGUCUGAUGCAGGAUGUGGGAGGCAUUUCUCUGCAUGUCUGUAAGAGUCACCUAUUGCAAAGAUUUUCAGAAGGAGGCAGGGAAAGGGAAGCGUUUUCAGCAUGAUACGGUCUGUGCGAGCUUGGCAGCAUGUGGUUUGGGCAGACUUGCCAGCGGUACGCCGGGAGGAGGCAAAGUUUACGGAUGGGCUCUUCGGAGCAAAAGUCGAGCAAGUUCGGUAUAAGGGUCAGCGGUGGUGAUAGAUGGAUCCUCUUGAAGGAACGGCGAAAAUCGAACUAGGUACCACUUGCUUCGCAAAUAAUGAAUGCAGUCUGUUGCAACGGGAUGGAUAUAACAAUAAGUACAGGUACAGCAUGAAUGAGUGUCAGAGUUUGACAUUUUCAACGCACGUACUUUUUCGCUAUGACUUUGAACUACGACCUUGCUGGUUUUGAGCGUUAUAUAGAUACUAACGAAUCAAUGGGAAGUACCCAGAUAUUAAGAAAGUAUUGUUUUGGAUUUUACCGAAAAAUAUGAUUACGUGGAAAAUGUGGCUGCUUUCUAAUUCUAUGUUGGUAUUGAUUCCUGUUUUUGUGAUUAAAUUUUCUAGAAGAGACAUCUUAAACCAAACGACUAUGGCGAACAAAACACAAGGCCCGCAACCCCCGCUGAAGCUGAAAGAGCUAGCUUGAGCUUUCGACUUUUUGCGCACAACUCUAAGCUGCACUAUGAGCAUCAAGAUACUUAUCUGACCGAGAUAUCACGUAAAUUCUCUAUCAUUCAAGAAAAUACACUCAUACCAUGUAUGUUACAGAAAAUUGUUGAGCGCAAACGUUUCUCGUACCCUCUGUGACAAAGUGCAUUUUACAUCACGAAUGUUGGUCUCUGUCGUUUAUCUGAAUUUUUGGCGUCACUAAAACAGCGCAAAUAUUGUAUGUUGACUCUGGUAUGGGUGUAAUUUUCUUGUGGAUAAUCUCGAUAGGACGUAGGGAAAUGCUGAUUUAGCGCUUGACCGCACAGGUGGAAAAUGGCGGCCGUUCAUCGCACAAGAGUGAAUGUAUGCAAGUCAAUCCUUUUGAUGUCAUUUGAAUCUUAAACGCACUGCUAGACAUUCAGUACCGUUAUUGACGUGCGGCUCCGCUGUAUUGCAAGUUGGACCACCAAAAAAGAACUCCAAUUCUUAAUGUGAAGCAUUGCACCGCAAUAAAAACGCAAAAUUGCGAAAGAAGCGCUUUGACAACAUUCAUGAG